CCCCUCCCCCUCGCCACUUCUCCACUUCUCCACCGCCGGCUUUUUGUCGUUGCCCCGGCUACUCAUCAGCUCACAUCCUCAGAGCCUCCUCUCUGACUCCUGCAUUCCUCACACAAACACACACCCACACACACACACAUUCUCUCUCUUCAUCUCUCUCUCUCCCUCCCCUCUCUCCCUCUCUCUCUCUAUCUCUAUCUCGCUCUCUCUCUCAGACUUGCACUCAUAUGCACACAGAUACCCAGGAGGACGCACUGACCGAGAGCAGGACCACAUCAAGGAACUUUGUCUGUGCUUCUGUGUAGCGUUUAGGACAGCGUCUCCUCCUGUCUCCUUUUCUUCUUCUCCUUCAUGGUUCUCCUGGUUUGACAACUUUUCACCUUGGGAGAAGUAAGUCCUCUGGAAGACCCCACCACAGGAUCCAAGCAGUGGCUCAGACAGCCUCUAAUCGCUUCAGUCUUGUUUUUUUUUUGACGAAGAGCGCCUAGCCUUCAGCCUCCACCUGCUGCUGCCAUGCAGGUGUCCAUCGCGUGCACCGACCACAACCUGAAGGGCCGCAAUGGGGACCAUGGCAAGCAGAGUGCCACCAGCCCCAACGUGGUAAACGCGGCGCGGGCCAAGUUCCGCACGGUGGCCAUCAUCGCCCGCAGCUUUGGCCACUUCACCCCACGCAACCACAUCUCCCUCAAGGAGUCUACCGGCAAACACACGGGCAUGAAGUACCGGAACCUGGGGAAAUCUGGACUGAGAGUAUCAUGCCUGGGCCUUGGCACCUGGGUGACAUUUGGUGGGCAAGUCUCAGAUGAGGUAGCCGAACAGUUAAUGACUAUAGCAUAUGAAAGUGGCGUCAACCUCUUUGAUACGGCUGAGGUGUAUGCUGCAGGAAGGGCUGAAGUCAUACUGGGGAACAUUAUUAAGAAGAAAUGUUGGAGGCGGUCCAGUUUGGUCAUCACCACAAAGCUCUACUGGGGUGGAAAAGCAGAGACUGAGAGGGGUCUUUCAAGGAAGCACAUUAUUGAAGGUCUAAAGGGCUCGCUGCAGAGGCUGCAGCUGGAGUAUGUGGAUGUUGUUUUCGCCAACAGGCCAGACAGCAACACGCCCAUGGAAGAGAUUGUGAGAGCCAUGACCUAUGUCAUCAAUCAGGGUAUGUCCAUGUACUGGGGAACGUCACGAUGGACAGCCAUGGAAAUUAUGGAGGCGUACUCCGUGGCGAGGCAGUUCAACCUCAUCCCCCCGGUGUGUGAGCAGGCUGAGUAUCAUCUUUUCCAGAGGGAGAAGGUGGAGGUGCAGCUGCCUGAGCUCUACCAUAAAAUAGGGGUGGGGGCUAUGACGUGGUCUCCCCUAGCCUGUGGCAUCAUUACUGGGAAGUAUGAAAAUGGCAUCCCUGAAACCUCCAGGGCCUCCAUGAAGUCAUACCAGUGGCUGAGGGAUAAGAUCGUGAGCGAAGACGGCAGGAAGCAACAGGCUAAACUGAAGGAGCUGGGUCACAUUGCCGAGAAACUGGGCUGUACUCUUCCACAGCUGGCUGUGGCCUGGUGUCUGAGGAAUGAGGGAGUGAGCUCUGUGCUUCUUGGAACAUCAAACCCUGAACAGCUUACAGAGAAUCUGGGUGCCAUACAGGUGCUUCCGAAAAUGACUUCUCACGUGGUAACUGACAUUGACCACAUCCUGGGCAAUCGACCUUACAGUAAGAAGGACUACCGUUCAUAGGCUCUUCUGUGAGGCUGUGCGUCUUCUACUAAGACAAAUGACAGUGAUAAUGCAGCCAGUGUGGGUCAUACGAUUUCCGUUAUGUCCCUACUGUCUACCCAGAGCCUGGCCUCCCUACAGGCCCCCCAGGGCUGGGCCUUUUAAACCCCCAAACCUGCAUGCCUAAGCUGGAUAGAAUCUGAGUAACCUAGCCUGAAUCUCAAACAAGCGUACCCCGAGAAAGAACACGGUAGCUGAGUAACAACACACAAGAAGAAGAAGCAUCCGUUAUAUACAGUUCAAGAACAGCACAACUGAGCUUAUUAGCAACUGCCGUCCCAUAUUACUAUAUGCAGUCCCCUGCAGGGCUGCAACGCAGUAGAGCUUUUAGGGGGUCGAAUUUCAAGGAAGGUGGAAUUGUGAAGCAUGUCGCCCUCCUCUGGUGGACCAGGGAACUGCAUCCCACUCCUGUUAAGUCUGAAUGGGCGCCUGACUGUACUGUCUUCUGUAUGCACCUGCGGGGGGAGAGCUAUGCCUCUGCAUUUGCUUAUUUAGUGAAGCCACAUCAUUGACUGCUGACAAAUGCUGGUCUUAUGCCAGCUACUACCUGAAAUCCCUCGAAGACCCAACGCCGACCCUUCUUGUGCUCAUUUGAAAAUAGUGUGCAUUGCAGCU